UCUCUGCGUUUCGGUCCGCGGUCGAGGCGAAAAUCUUUAUUUUUAUCACACACGACGAUGUUCCCGUAGAGUGCGACCGGCUCUGUGCGCGAAUUGCGAAUUGCGAUACGAAAACACGACGUCAGAAUGGCGAAUGACGAGGUGUUGGGUCCGCGGAAGACGAUGUUCGUUUUUGUGAUUGUUGUGGGCUGCUUCGCGGUGCUGUGGCCCAGGAUCUUGUCCCCGCUGAUCCUGGGCCACUCUUCGGACCACCUAAAGCCGAACAAGUUCGACCGGGACGCAGGUUGCUGCGAGGUUAUAUUCGAGACGGACGUCGCGGUACUUCAGCUGGUCAACGAGGUUUGCGGCUCAGCGCACUCCGCAAGCGAGUGCCGCAUUGCGGUCAACCAGACGUGCGGAGUGGACAUUGCGGCGUUCCUCAAACGUACGGAGAACGUCGGCAAGAACACCAAGAUGAUCGUGGAGGCGAUGAAGAAGAGCAACAGCUCGUGCCUCCGGCAGAACUUUGGCGUGCCCGUUUAUAGUAUGGGCGAGCAUUUCGCAGUGGAUUCCAAUUAUCAGCAGGACAUAUUGAAACAAGAACGACCCCCGAUCCGCGUCGGUCAGCAUCCGGCUUUGCUAGAGCGCGGACGAGCGAUCCCGCCCGGACCACCCCCACCAGCCAGGCCUGUGGUGCUGCCCCCCCACGUCAGGGUACGCUCCCCCCUAUCUGUGUACUACGAAUUGGACAUCAAGCCACCUCCGAUCCCGGGAAUGCGUCCGCCCCUGGGUUCCCCGGGCGGGCCAGUCCCCGCCCCGAAGUCCUCGAUGGGCUUCGUGAUGCCCAUAUACACCAUUUGCAUCAUAGUGUUCUUCGUGUACACGCUCAGUAAGUUAUUGUUCAAACGCGGCGGCUCGCCGUACGAACCUGUGGCUCCCGACCCGCAGUUCCGCCGGCGGGUGUUCCGGGACGACUCCAGGACUUCCCCUGACAAGCUAGGACACAAAGAAACUGAUACAAGGGACGCAGAAUUGGCAGCGCUGCGCGCCAAACUGGCCGAGACCGAGCGCGCGUUGCAAAGGAUCGUGGGGCAACUCGCGCGGCGCGAUGCGGAAGGGCUGGAUAACGCUCGCCCUUACACCAAUGGAACUGUCUUACAUAGCGGCGUCGUUCAAAUAGUCGCUAGCGAAUACAAAGAAAAGACUCCUGAACCCCAAAAACAAAAAGAACCCAUACCAGAAAUUAAAGAAGUCAUUCCUGAAGAAGCCGCGCCAGAUGCCGAUAAAGUUACAAAAGAUGAAAAUCAAGAAUUAAUAGAAAUAGAAGCUGCUCCAAGAGCGAAAGAAUCUACCCCCGAACCAGAAAUACUUUCUGUAGAAACACAAAAAGAUGCUACAGAGACUGAACUAAAUAAUAAAAUCGAUGAUCAAUUAACAAAUGAGUUAGUAGAAACGGAAAACAAGGAAAACUUAAAACAACCAGAACUAGUAAAAUUAAAGCAAGAGGAAGAAGAAAAACAUGCAGAACUUGAGACAUCAAUCCCAGAACAAGAAGAACUACCAAAUAAUCAAGAAGGUAACCUAGAUCAUAUACAACUUUCCGAGGGCAUUGAAUCGGGAAAAAGUGAUUUAACAAAGUCAGCAGAAUCUUUGAACGAGGAAAGGAAAGAAGAAGUUGAAAAUAAAGAGAUGUCCACUGAGGAUUUGUUAGAGGAAGCCAUUCAAGAUUUGCCUGAAGAAGAAUUACUAGAGGAAGAUAAAGAGAAUCAAAGCGUUAAGGUAGUGGGUAUGGAGCUGACAGCUCACGCGGUAGAUGGGGGCUCCUGCAGACCGGAGCCCCCGAAAGCUCCGCCUCAGACUAAAACGCACGAGGCGGAAGAAGUGCAGUCCAUAUUCCUGGACACGGAGAUCCCCCAGCAGUCGCGGGUGUUGGUCGCGGACUUCGCGGAGGAACGCCCGCUGCAGGAGAAGCGCACCCACUCUCCCUUAGUGGUGAGCGGCAAGAUAACUUUGUCGCUGAUACAAGACGCGCCUCGGGACACACCAGACAGAGAUCUAGAGUCCACAGUGGAUGAGUUUACAACGGCCAGUGCUUUCACACAACCAGCUGAGAAAGAAGAUGACCUUGAAGAAGGCUCAGACGAAGAAAUUGAAGAAGAGAUAGAGAUAGAGGAGAUCGAGGAAGAAGUAGAAGAAGAAGAAGAAGAAGACGAGGUAGAAGUUAAAAAAGACGCGCAAAAGGAACAGUGAACUGAUAGUUUUAGAUAUUAACCAUAAUAUAUAGAAGCUAGUGUUAACAUUAAUGGUAAUGUGAUUCGUUCGAGUGAUUGCGAUCGUUGAUCGUCGCAAUCACUAAUGAACUCCAUUUAAAAAUCAAUUAGAAUAAUGUUUUUAACCUUUUAACUGGAUUAAAAAUUAUAGAAUUCUCGUUCACGGUUAUAAUUGAUAUAACUACUGAGUACCAAGUUUGUCAGAUUUUCUAACUACGUUAACUUAUUCGAUCGCGUAAAAGUUAACUACAAUGUCUAUGGUACGGAAAGAACGGCAUAUAGUGAUAGUACGGUUUUCCAAUAUGGUCACUAGAUGGCGCUCCUUCGACAACAUAUAAAUCGAAUAAGUAAAUCUGAUACUCGGCACUUAGUUAAUUUUUUUCUCUUAAAUUACUCACUGGCUUCUGUAUAUUUUUUUUACUUAGUAAUAAACUGAAUUGACUUUAUCCAAUUAAUUCUGGCAAGUCAUUUUAAAUGCAGAUCGGUUAUUUGUUAUCAUUUAGUUUUAUUUUAGAAGAACUUUUUUUUGAAAAUCUUUUUUGGUAUUUAACUUUAACAUAAUAUACCAUGGAGGUGUUAUAACAGAGUCGUCGUGUAACAAUUUAAUAUAUUCUGGAGCAGUCAUGGUCAAUGAAAUGUGUGACCACGCAAACUGUCACGCGUAUGACAAUAAUACCACAGAAACCAAAGUUACCGUUGCAUUUACUUACUGAUGGGACGUCUCACCUUUUUAACUAGAUUUCUCUGAUUCUUAAUUCAACAGAUUACUAGUUUUUGCGCUUACGAAUAUUUUCGAUCCAGCGUACCGAAACAAGAUAACAGUUUUUCUAAUUAAUGUAACUUAACUUUAAGUAACAAGCCAAAAAAUAACACAUUAUAAUUAAUACUUCGUGAAUAAAAACGUUAUACUAUGAAAACGUUAUAACAUUCUUAGAAUUUAAUUUUUAAUGUAAAAUUACGAAUUUAAAAAGAUUUAAAUCGUAGAUAUGACCUCGCCUACAUUUUCUUAUAGCGAAAUCAACUUGAAUGUGAAAUAAGUGAGUUUAUUUAUUUCUCAUUAAUGUUUGGAAAUAUUAACCAAUUUAUCAAGAGAAACGACAGUGCUAUAUCUAGAUUUACAGUAAAAAUCAAAUGGUGUCAGCAGCGUUAGGGUGAAAGUAACUUUGUUUCCAAUUUAUUUAUUUUUAGUCGUCUACGAAAUUUUUGUACCGUAAAUAUUCCAUAAGUAUUAAGAAGGUGGUAUUCUGAUACUAACUUGAGAUAUAAACAUACAUUUUUCAUUGUCAGGCCAUAUCUACUAUUGAAUUCUUUGGCGUAUACAUUGGUGUGUUACAAUAUUUUAAUUGUGUGCCAAAUUUACUUCCAUUUUUUUAUAUGUGUUUUUUUAUAGAUUUCUACGUUUUUGUAAUUUAGUAAAAAACGCAGUUUUUUAAAAAGAAAUGUAUUAAAAUACUCUUUUGCUAUAGAUUCAAUGAUCAGAGCUGUUAAAAAUAACGCAUCCUCAUUGCGUCGCUUGCAGUCUCAUAGGGUGUUUGUUAUGCACCGUUUUUUUAAUUUUUCUAACUUAAUGAUUGUUUCGUUUAUUCGGCAGUUGUUUUCACGUGCCGUCGGCCAGGUCCUUUUCCAAUAUUAAAUAUGUCAAUGAUCAGGGCCCAGAUAUUGGCUGUUGUCUAGCUGUUCAGAUAUUCAUUUCUCUAUUGUUUAUAAUAUCUAAAAAAUAUGUAUUAUAAUUAUUGUUGUAUAAUAUUUAAGCCGGGAAAACAUAAACGACAGGCCAUUCUAUCCCAGGCAACGCCAUGCGUGUUGCGUUUCAAAUUAACCAGCGUGGCAUUCAAAUCAAUAGUUGAUUUGUCGACUCAGUAAACUGUGUACCUAGAAUAACAACACGGUAGUGACGUGUGGCCUGGGCAUACAAAAUAUACAGUUUUGAUUUAAAGUAACAUGCUUUGCGUCUCAGGGUUUGCACAGGAUAUGCAAAUGAUAUAAAAUAAAGAAAAUCUCCAGUACGUGUUAUAAAAAACUUAAGGAUAGGCUUUGUAAGAGUUAUAAAAAAACCUACCCUUAAGUAUUUAUAACACGUAAUGGAGAUUUUCUUCAUUUUAUAUCAUAUGCAUACCCUCUAUGCACGCGACUGCUCGUGGCGUAUUGCAUAUGUGCCAGUGUCAUUAAUGGUUUGAGUUGAUGUGUUAAAAAUUCUGCAUUUAAAUUCUUGAUUCUUUCUCCCUUCUGCUUUAGAGAACUUUGUCUUUAAACGUUUGAGUUUUACGAAAAGUUAUAUUUUAAUAAGUGAAAAUCUUUGUCUAUUUUAAAAUAAUUUAUUUUCCACAAUUCUUUAUAAACAUUAAACAAACGGCUUUACAUU